GUCUCAUUUUGUACAUUGUACUGUUAACAUCUCGAAAGAAAUAGAAAGUUGUGAAGUAACAUUUCGUUCUAUUUAUUUCGUAUUAUUUUUUUCUUUUUUUGUCAUUUAAAAGUUAAUAUUGUUAGUCAAUUAAAAUUUAUUUACAGAAAAACAAAUAAUAAUUUUUUUAAAGGGAUAAUCAUAUUUUAAUUGUUAUCCCGAAAAAAUUAAAUUUUAAAUUGUAACAUAACCUCUAUACAAAAAUGUCAGGAGUAAUUGUCAAAAAUCUACCUCGUUUUAAUCAUUUAUUACCACAAGCUGGUUUAUCUUGGGAAUCGACACGAAUUUUGAAAAAGGGAUACGCAACUAAAAUUGCCGAAACAGGUGGAAAAAAUAUUGUAUUUAUUGAUGGAGUUCGAACACCUUUUCUACAAUCAUUCACGGAUUAUAAAAAUAUUAUGGCAGUUGAUCUUGCGAGGCAUUCCCUUGUCAACUUGCAGAAGAAAAUUGGCAUUCCAAAAGAACUAAUUGAAUACAUCGUUUAUGGAUCAGUGAUUCAGGAAGUAAAAACAUCAAAUAUUGCUCGUGAAGCAGCACUUGCUGCUGGAUACAGUGAUAGAACACCAGCGCAUACAGUGACAAUGGCUUGUAUCAGCAGUAAUCAGGCCCUAACAACUGGAAUGGGUUUAAUUGCUUGUGGAGCAUACGAUACAAUUGUUGCUGGUGGUGUUGAAUUUAUGUCAGACGUACCCAUCAGACACAGUAGAAAUAUGCGAAGUCUAAUGUUACGAGCAAACAAAGCAAAAAGUCCUGCACAAAAAUUAGCUUUGCUCGCCUCUUUCAGACCCGCACAUCUCAUUCCCGAGCUUCCAGCCGUUGCAGAAUUUUCCACAAAUGAAGUGAUGGGUCACAGUGGCGAUCGUCUUGGCGCUGCAUUCGGAAUAACGCGAAAGGAACAAGAUGAUUAUGCCUUGAGAUCUCAUACUUUGGCUGCUCAAGCUCAACAGCAGGGAUAUCUCUCCGAUUUGAUUCCAUUUGUAGGACAAAAAUCAGUUGUGGAAAAAGACAAUGGAAUUCGUGUUUCAACACCUGAACAAUUAGCAAAAUUAAAACCAGCAUUUGUUAAACCCUAUGGCACUGUAACGGCAGCAAAUGCAUCUUAUUUGACUGAUGGAGCAUCGGCUGCAUUAAUAAUGACCGAGGAAAAAGCUCGUCAACUUGGACUUAAACCAAAAGCUUAUCUCAGAACUUUCACAUAUGUUUCACAGGAUCCUAAGGAUCAAUUACUUCUAGGACCUGCCUACGCUAUUCCUAAGGUUUUGGAAAAGGCAAAAUUGAAUUUAAACGACAUUGGAGUUUGGGAGGUGCAUGAAGCAUUCGCGGCACAAAUUUUAGCAAAUUUAAAAGCCCUAGAUUCGGACUUUUUUGCAAAACAACAUUUAAAUCGUUCGGAAAAAGUAGGAGUACCUGAUCUUGCAAAAUGGAACAAAUGGGGUGGAUCACUAUCAAUUGGACAUCCAUUCGCUGCAACAGGAGUUCGUUUGGCAACACACACUGCUAAUCGAAUGAUCAGAGAAGAUCAACAAUUUGGAUUAAUCGCUGCUUGCGCGGCCGGUGGACAGGGAGUUGGAAUGAUCAUGGAACGACAUCCAGACGCGAAACUCUAAUAAAUUUUUUUUAAUAAUAAUUAUAAUAUUGAUAAUAAUAAUAAUGAGUAAUGAAAUAGAUUACAAUAUACUUUUUGUAUAAUUUUACAAACAGAAGAAACUCUAACUUUGUUAUAGAUGUGUAAGCAAAAAAGAAAAAAGAAAUGCGAAAAUGCAAGUUAAUCAGCAUUUUUCUAUUAAAAAAAAGUUAUUUAUUUUUUAUAAAGUAAAAAUAAAGUUUUAUAAAAUCGAA